CCUGGCUCUGUGGAGGCCAGGAACAGAAGCUGUCGGUGGGGUCUAAGAGCCUGGUGUCACCUUAGCAGGAACAGGAGCUGAGGAGAGCAGAUGCUAAUGGACUGGAGAGCCAGCAAGGCAUGCAAGAAACUGUUUGCCCUGCCAAGGCCUGGGCUAAGGUCGGAGAGCCAGCGCUGGGCCUAGCGCCUUGAGUAGCAUCUUGGCACAUUGUGAGGGAAAGCCUCAGCAUCAUUGUGACCCGGUCACUCUCAGGGUCAGGCUGGCAGGCCAGUGGGCACUAGGGUUAGUAGAUUGGGGUCCUAAGGGCCCUGGUGGCCCUAGGGACCGCCAUGGCCAUGGCUGAGAGGCCGCGGCCUGAGUGGGCCUCAUAUCAAAACCCCAACACCAACAACUGCCAGGACAUGGGAAAUUCCAUCCUCCUGCUGCUGGGUCUCAUCAUCUGUAUCAACAUCGGCAUCAACCUGGUGACCCUGGUCAGGGGUGGAGGGUGUGAAUGGGGGUGGAUGGGAGGCAGGCCUGGUUACAAGAAUCUACUCGUGGUCACCAUGUCCUCCUAUACCUAGCUCUGGGGCCGUCUUCGCAUCAUCCUACACCAAAUGUUCCAUAUCAUUUGUGAGAAAGGUAAGGACAGCUGGGUUUGGGGCCUCUGAGCAGCAGAAACCAGGCUUCUCUCCCACCUGACCCUCAGUGGCUUCUUAUGACUGAAGGGCGGCUUCUCUCUCAAAGCCCCACCCUCCCUCCCUGUAGAAGCCAGCCUCUCCAACAGCCUCACCUUUCCCCAAUUCACAGAAACUACUAAAUUAUCCUCACCUGGGAGGCAGACCCAGCCCUCAAGGAAGCAGCCCUGCUCUGAAGUCCAUCUUCGAUGUACUAUGGACCCUGUGAAAAUGACAGUGACCCCGCCACCAACUCGUCGUCACCGCCGUAGGGCCUCUCCAUCUCGCCGCGCCCGCCGCCCAGCACCUUGGGUCCCUGACGCUGACGAUGAGAAGCCUCUGCAUCAGCACCAGGAAAUCUGCUCCCACCACUGGGAUGGUCCUAAGGACUGGGAAGGUUUCCAACCCGUGCAGGAGAUCUGGGAUCCUUGGACUCAGGAUGGUCUAGAGCAGUCUCCCCAGACCAUCCGCUUCCAGGCACCAGUAGAGGGAAGGCCUCUCAAAAGAGAGAUGCAAUCAGAGCAGGGCCUAGAGGCCUAUGUGUAUACUGUGAACCCCCCACCUCCCAACCCAGAGGCACUGAGCCAUAAAAACAAUGGGGUGGGGCUGGGGACAGGUGCCGAGGGUGAACAAGGACAAUGUCAGCCUCCCUCACAACCCUUCCUGGGUCCAGCGAACAUCCCUGAGAUACCCCAGCGCCAUUCUUCGGGCCGAAUAGUGUAUGAUGCCCGAGAUGUGAGGCGCCGGCUCCGAGAACUGACCCGGGAGGUGGAGGCUUUGUCUCAUUGUUACCCCUUGGUUUCUGGGUCCAGCACAGCUGAGGGGACAAGCCAGGAUUGGGUGUAUCGUUCCCUGAAGGGAAGAUGACUGGGGGGAAAAUAAAAAGGAGAGAAGAGGUGGUUUAUGGUGGUCUGAGGAGCGGGUCUUCACAGUGCUCAGAAUCCCUGGUUGCUAAGAGAAUGACCUCCCUUGAAAUAGCCUAAAGAGCCCUGGGAACCCUUCUCAACUUCUUGCCUUCAUAGGCCCUGACCUGAGCCCUUCUCAAGGGCCUUCUUGACGCCAAG